UGUGUCUGACAUUAACGUGGAAGGGAGUUUAUCUCUAUAUCUCGCAGCAUUCCGUUCAAUCUGGUUCAAUUGCGGUAACAUCAUAAAAAAAAGCGGGAGAAUUGCAGAAUGGUUCAACAAGUUUUUAUUGGCCCAUUGAUUCAUACAAAAGAAGAUGGAGAAUUGAUAAUUAAGAAACAUGUUGCUAUAGUUAUUGAAGAUGGCAAGAUUAUUACUGUUGUGGAGAAUCUGACAAAUCACAAAGAGAUGACAGAUUUUCUCGCAGAUUAUGAUGUAGAUAAAGUUUGUAUUUUAUCACAUGAAGAAUUUAUAAUACCUGGAUUUAUCGAUUGCCAUAUACACGCGGUUCAGUUUCCAAAUCUUGGCCUGGGUUAUGAUAAAUGUCUCUUGGAUUGGCUGGAGACCUAUACUUUUCCACUGGAAAAAAAGUAUAAUGAUACAGAAUUUGCGGAGCAAGUAUUUGAAGCAGUUCUGAAACGAACAAUUCAAACAGGCACAACAACAGCAUGUUAUUUUGCAUCUCUAUAUUCCGAUGCGUCUCUGAUUCUUGCAAAGAAAGCUGCUAAGAUGGGUCAACGAGCUUUCAUUGGAAAAGUAAAUAUGAACACUCCGCGUAAGGAUGAAUAUUAUGAAAGCACUGAAAAAUCAAUUAAGGACACCAUGGCUUUCAUAGAAGCUGUUGAACAAAUUGGGAAUCCGCUUGUAAGACCAGUUAUCACACCAAGAUUUGCAUUGAGCUGUGAUAUGAAAUUGAUGCAAGAGCUAGCAAGAAUUGCUAAAGCAAAAGAUUUACAUAUACAGAGUCAUGUCUCUGAAAAUAAAGAUGAGAUAAAAGCAGUGAAAAACUCGUUUCCAGAACAGUCCUCAUACACAGCUGUUUAUGAUGCUGCUGGUCUUCUUACCAAUAAGACGGUGCUAGCACACGGAGUUCAUCUUGAAGACAGUGAACUCGCGAUUCUUAAACAACGAGGAACAGCUGUAAUUCAUUGUCCAUCGUCAAAUAUACAUCUGAGAAGCGGUCUUUGCGAUGUGCAAAGACUGAGAGCUAAUAAUAUCAAAAUCGGUCUUGGAACAGAUAUAUCAGGUGGAUCAAGUUAUAAUAUGCUGGAAGAAAUAAGAUCGGUUUUGAAAGUAUCAAAUUCUCUAUCUGUUAUGAAGGAUGAUUAUAUACCACUUAAUUAUAAAGAUGUUUUUCAUAUGGCAACUUUGGGAAGUGCUAAAGCACUCUCAAUUGAGGAUAAAGUCGGUAACUUGGUGCCAGGCAAAGAAUUUGAUGCUCUCAUCAUAAAUUUGAACGCAAAGGAUAGCUUAUUGGAUAAUUUUCAAGAAUAUACAUUAGAGGAGAAACUUCAGAGAUUUAUAUACUCUGGCGAUGAUCGUAAUAUAACAUCUGUAUAUAUAAAAGGUAGAAAGGUUAAAUAACGAAGAAAAUAAAAUUCACUCUUUAUUUUUAAUAUACUACAA